AAUCCCUGCGUUUCGCUUUCCUCUUCGAAUUCUCACUUCCCUCUUUCCUGUUAUUUCAAUUUCCCUUCACUCAUUCUGUUUCUCUCUCUUAUUUUCACUAUUCCUCACAAACUCUCCGAUUAGGGAAUCGCCGUUCUCAUUCGAGAUGCCCCUCUUUAUCUCCGACGAGGAGUUCUCGCGGUGCUCCGGCGACACCGUGGCCGUCGCCGCCAAGGCCGACGCCUUCAUCCGCGGCCUCCUCCACGAGCUCGACACCGUCCGCGCCAAGGCCGACGCCGCCGACAUCAACGCCGAGCAGAACUGCUCCCAUAUCGAGCAGAAGUAUCUCUCCCUCGCGGCCGAGUUUUCCAAGCUCGAGUCGCAGGUCUCCGAACUCCAAUCAUCCCUCGAUCAUCGCCUCCGCGAGCUCUCCGAAGCACAAUCUCAGAACCACCAAAUUCAAUUGCAAUCGGUUGAGAAGGAUAGGGAGAUAGAGAGGUUAAGGACGGAGGUGGGCGAGCUGCACAAGUCGAAGAGGCAGUUGCUUGAGUUGAACGAGCAGAAGGAUUUGGAGCUUAGUGAGAAGAAUGCCAAUAUCAAGAGCUAUCUUGCUAAGAUUCUCCAUCUGACUGAAAAUGCUGCCCAUAAAGAGGCCCGUUUGAAUGAAGUUGAGGCGGAAUUGGCUCGAUGCCGUGCUGCUUGCACCCGCCUUGAACAGGAGAAAGAGAUUGUUGAGAGGCAGAAUGCUUGGUUUAAUGAGGAGUUGACUACUAAAAUCAACAGUUUCUUUGAGCUGCGCAGAAAACACGCAGAACUGGAUGCCGAUAUGUCUUCCAAGCUUGCAGAUAUGGAGAGACAAUUUGGUGAAUGCUCCAAAUCUCUACAGUGGAAUAAGGAUAGAGUGAGGGAGCUAGAAAUGAAGCUUAAAUCUGUGCAAAAGGAAUUAAUUUCAGCUAAAGAUUCUGCUGCAGCCAAUAAAGAGCAAUUAUCUGCUGAACUUUCCACUGUUAACAAACUUAAUGAGCUUUAUAAAGAGAGUUCUGAUGAAUGGUCAAGAAAAGCAGCAGACCUAGAGGGUGUGUUAAAAGCAAUGGAGUCACGACUAAAGCAAGUCGAAGAUGAUUAUAAAGAGAAACUUGAGAAGGAAUUAUCUGUUAGAAAACAGGUUGAAAAGGAGGUUGCUGAUUUGAAAGAAAAGCUUGAGAAGUGUGAAGCUGAAAUUGAGACAAGGAAGAAGAGGAAUGAGCUGAGCAAUCUUUCACUCAGAAGUUUUGCUUCUGAACCGUGGCUGACAUCAAUUGAUGCUGAUAGCAUGUUUGACGAAAAUAGCAUGCUAGUCUCGAAAAUUCCUGUUGGUGUUUCUGGAACAGCAUUAGCUGCUUCACUUCUGCGAGAUGGUUGGAGUUUGGCCAAAAUUUAUGCGAAAUACCAAGAGGCUAUUGAUGCAUUGAGACAUGAACAAUUGGGCAGGAAGGAGUCAGAGACAAUUUUGCAAUGGGUUUUGUACGAGUUAGAGGAGAAAGCAGAAGCCAUAAUAGAUGAAAGAGUGGAGCAUGAAAAGAUGGCUGACGCAUACAGCUUGAUGAACCAAAAAUUGCAAAACUCCCUGAAUGAAAAUUCCAACUUAGAGAAAACCAUCCUUGAACUGAAGGCUGACCUCAGAAGGAAUGAACGGGAUUAUGAUAUUGCCCAGAAAGAAAUUGAUGACCUUCGAAAACAG